AUGGGGAAGACGGGAGCUGGAGGAGUUUCCUGCGUAGGAGUUGCAGAAGAUGGGGAAGACAAUGAUGCGGAUGAGGAUGAUUUCAUCCCUCUCCUCCUUUCACCUUCUAUGUCGUCUGAUGGGGCUCUUCGUGGCUCUUCUUUGCUGGAAUGGUGGGUGGAGGAACUUGGUACUGAGGAAGGAGUGGAGGCUGCGACAGCGAUGGAGACGUUUUGGCAAGGGUUUUUUGUGGCCUCUAUUUUUUGUCAGCAGGGGUGUGUGAUGGUUCCUGUCAAUGGCCUCUUUUCUGCUCUUUCUUUUGUGGGGUGUGUUUUCCUGUUGGUGUUUGGGCAGAUCUGGGACCCUGGCGGAUCUCUUGUGGAGAGGCUCUAUGAGGAAGCCCACGAUCUUCUUCUCUUCAAAGCCGCCUUAAAGUACUCUUCUGGUUCCCAUGCCUAUCUGAGUUCAUGGGAGAAGGGAACAGAAUGUUGCCUCUGGGAUGACAUCUCCUGUGAUAACACCACCCACAUAGUCUCUGUUGAUAUUCACGGACUUGGAGGAGGAGUCAUAUCUCAGAGCUUGUGCAGACUCACUUCUCUGACAAUCAUUGACCUCUCUGGCAAUGGACUAACAGGUACUCUGCCUCCCUGUUUAGGAAAUCUGUCUUAUCUCAUAAAACUGAACUUAAAUGGGAAUAUGUUGAGUGGGAACAUUCCGUUGUCCUUUGGGAACAUGUCAUUGCUCCAAUACUUUGAUGUUUCUAGUAACAUUUUAGGUGGCAGUAUCCCAGAUUCCAUGGGCAAUCUCUCUUCACUGGAAACUAUGCAGUUGUCUUAUAAUACUUUAAGUGGUAGUAUCCCAGAUUCCUUGGGCAAUAUCUCUUCACUGAGACUAAUGGAUCUGUCUCAUAACAGUUUAAGUGGUAGUAUUCCAGAUUCUUUAGGCAAUCUCUCUUCGCUGGAAACUAUAAAUCUGUCCUACAACUUUUUAAGUGGCAGUAUCUCAGAUUCCUUUGGCAAUCUCUCUUCACUGAAAGUGAUAGAUCUAUCUCAUAAUACUUUAAGUGGUAGUAUACAACAUUCUUUGGGUAAUCUCUCUUCAUUGGAAACUAUGUUUCUGGGUUAUAACACUUUAAGUACCAGAAUUCCAGAUUCUUUGGGCAAUCUCUCUUCACUGGAACUGAUGGAUCUGUCUCAUAAUGUUUUGAGUGGUAAAAUCCCAGAUUCCUUGGGCAAUCAGUUUUCACUGAGAACUAUUUAUCUAAACUAUAACAUUUUAGGUGGUAGUAUCCGAGAUUCCUUGGACAAUCUCUCUACAUUGAAACUGAUAGAUCUAUCUCAUAACACAUUAAGUGGUAGCAUCCCAGAUUCCUUGGGCAAUCUCUCUGCACUAAAAUGGAUGGAUUAUAAUACUUUAAGUGGUAGUAUCCUAAAUUCCUUGAGCAAUCUAUCUUCACUGAAAUGGAUGGAUUUAUCUAGGAACCAACUAAAUGGAACUCUUCCCUCCUCAGCGCUACCCUCUUCACUUGAACAGCUCUCACUCUCCCUAAACGGCCAUCAGAUUAUUUCAGAAGCUUGGUUUCAAAAGCUUGGAAAAUUAGAGUCGCCGUCCUUAUCCGAUUGUGUACUUAAUAUCAGCACCGCCUGGAUUCCCCCAUUCCAGUUAAAAGCCUUAUCAUUGACAUCUUGUAAGAUACAUGGUCAAAUCCCCUCAUGGAUUUCUACUCAGUUCUCACUUGAAGAGUUGAAAUUAACUGACAACAAUCUUGUUGGAGAAAUUCCCUCUUGGCUACUAGAUAUGAAGCUUUCAUACAUCAAUUUCACAACAAAUCAUCUGGAAGGUCGCCUUUUGCUAAAUAGUUCAGCUUGGAAGGGAAUUACAGCCUUGAAUAUGUCUAACAAUGCAUUAUGCGGUCAGAUACCAUUAAUUUGGCCUCCUCGUAUAAUACUAUUGUUGCUCAAUGACAAUUUGCUGACGGGGAAUAAAUAG